CGGCCGCCGCUAUCGCACAGAUACUAUUGCGCAAGAACUCUCCCGUCGUACCUCCACCCAUGCCAGCUCUCACGGAUAUACGCGCCCGCCCGCGCUCACCAACGUGCAGCCACCGGUUCCCCAACAAGAACCCGAGGACGCGGAGACCAUCACCGGCGACCUCACCUCCAAACCCGACGACAACGUCAAGAGAAAACGACGCGCGGCCGUCUCCGCGCAGAAGAAGUUCGACACCAUCGCGGACGACGUCGUCAUAGAUCUCAACGACGACGACUGGCGCAGCCAUGAUGACUUCAUCGUCGCGCCCACUCGGAACCCGGAGCCUGCAAAGACUGAAAAGAAAUACAAACCUGGUCCGAAGAGUAAGAAGAAACCGGCUGAGAGUCCACCAGUCGAGACGCCUCAGCCGGCGGUCGGAACACCUCAGCAGUUGGCGGUUGAAACGGCCCAGCAGCUAGCGCAGACUCUUCAACAAUCAAUAAACGUGGAAGAAAGUAUUUUACUAAGCGACGACGAAAUUGUGCCUGAAGUUCGGCCGCCUGUGACGGUCAAACAGGAACCGUCGGCGAAGAAGGCUGAUGAAAUAAAGUACCCGCUCCAUCCUUCGCUGCUCACGAACGAGAAUUUCAUAAAGAUAGUCGCGCAUACGUACCUGGCGGGCAACCCUAUGUUGGACGAAGAUGCCGCUACGUUGGCCGCGCGAUACAGUACGAGCAAGGCGCUGCGAGAGACCGAGGCCACGGGCAAGGUCAUCAUGAGUGGACCCAUAUACGACAUCGCGGUUCAGGUCCUAGGCGUCGACAUACUCAAAAAGCUCCACACAAGCGGCCCGGCCGUCGACGCCAAGCCCACCAAACAGAACCAAAAAGCGCUCCCAGACACGGAGAAAAUGCUCAGCAACGCCACAGCGCCGCCCGAGCCAACGCGGAGCCUUCUCAAGCCGAAGGUCACCUCGGAGCUGAUGCCCAAGGAGAGGAAGCCGGUGAUAGCCAACCUGGGCCGCGUGAAGCUGACGCCCGUCACGCCUGUCAUAGCGGCGCCUGUCGUCGUGCCCGUGGGACUGAUAAAAAAUACCAACGUCGAGCCCGCGGGCGAGGAGUGCAUACUGCCGGACGACGACGACGUGCGCAUCGUGACCGAGCCCGCGCCGCCGCCGCUGGCGCCGCGCCGCGCGCCCCGCGCCGCCUCCCUGCUGCUCAACAACGCCGCGUCCGCGCCGGCACCGCGGCUCAUGCAGGACGAGCGCCUCCUCACCAACAUCAAAGUGCCCAUCGCUCCGGCGGCGCAAGCGCCCAACGCCGUCGCCAUCAAGGUCGCCGUGACCAGGGCCCCGCCCGCGCCUGCGCCUGCGCCCGCCACCAUCUGCCUCGACAGCGACGACGAGGACGCGCCCGCGCCCGCGCCCGUGCCCGUCACGCUCACGGCCGCCACGGGCGCGCGCCUCGAGCUGCGCAUGCCGCACGAGACCCCGCUCGACCCGCAGCCCCGCCAGCCCGGCCCCGCCCGCCCGCGCCGCGGCGCCACGGUGUGCAAGCCCGGCGACAUCAUCCGCAUCAGCAAGGCCGGCAACGUCGAGGUGCUGAGCCCGGUGGACCCGGCCGCCGGCCGGCUCGUCCGGGGCGCCCGGCCCGCUGGCGCGCCGGCCGCUCCCGCCGCGGGCCCGAAAUCGACGCCGCAGAAGAUCACUCCCAAAUCGACGCCGCAGAGGAUCACUCCCAAAUCGACGCCGCAGAAAGCCGCCGAGCCGAAGACGACCCCGAAACCGACCGAGCCGGCGGCGAAGUCGACUCCCAAACCGGCCGAGAAGAUCGCUCCGAAGCCGGCGGACAAACCGGUGCGCCUGGACAGCGGCAGCAGCUCCAGCUCGCGCUCGGCGAGCCCCGUCGACGGGGACCCGGACCCGCUGUCCAUCCUCAAGGACGUGGUGCAGAUCUCGGCCGACCGCUUCCAGAGCAUCCUCAGCGGGCAGCCCGCGGCCGAGCCCCGCCCGACCGCCUCCAGACCGACCUCCUCCAAAACUACUGGAUCUACAACUUCCAAAACUCCCCAACCUCCGCCUUCUAAAAUGACUCUCCAACCCCGCCUUCCAAAAUGACUCCCCAAGUCUCCAAAAUGAACAAGACUAAGAAAGCCCCCGAGCUCCAACCUUCUCCGAAUGUACUCCAAAAAAUAAAUGCGCUGAAAGAAAUAAAGGCGAUGGAAGUGCCUAAGAAACCGAUUGAAAAAUCCAAAAAGAC